AGGACCCUUUUUCCAUAGAAGAUGCUAAAACCUGUAAAUAUGAGACUGUUUUCACCAUAUUUAUUUGUGCUUAUUAUGCUUUUGCAUGUUCACAUAGCAGUGGCAUUAUUCUUGAAUAGUUGUCCAGACAAAGUGAUGUGGAACUUGAGGGCCCAGAACAUGUGCGGUGAUAAAGAUAAAUACAUGUGUCUAUAUGAUACAAAUGCACGAAAAUUCAGAGAACUCUGUAAAGACAAACCUGACUUUCAUAGACCAGGGAAUAUAUUUGUAAUUAGCGGAAACUUACAAUAUUUUGCUGGAAGACCAUGUUAUAGCAACAAAUACCAACCACAUAAAUGGUGGACAAAUGGUAGCAGUGACUGUCAGUAUCUUAAGUCAAUGUGCAACGAAGAAGGACAGGUACCGUUCAACAAUGGAACGACAACCAGAGACAGAAAAUGUCGAUGUGACUAUACUAAUUACUAUACUUUUCUCAAUAGUUCAAGGAAUAGAUGUUACUGUGAUCCUACAGAAGAAGAUUGUUCGUGCUACAGAAAAACCUGUAAUACAGACGAAGUUCUUACACCAGGUAUUUCAAAUAUCGUUCCCUACAGUUGAAAAGAGAUGA